AUGGCAUCUCGCUCCUUAAUUCGAAGCUCUACCAGACCGAACCCCAACGUUUGCGCCAGAUGUGCCUUUCGAGCCUCGAAAUCACUUGCUCCGACUUCGAAGAGAUGGAUCGGUACUAAGUACCUUGCAAAGGUAGCAAAUGCAGAGCUGGAAUGGGAGGAGAAAGCUAAGAAGAUCAGGGCGGGCGAGGAGAAGAGCAUGCUCUCAAUCCUCGAGGAGCGAGGUCUGGUCCAAAAAGUCACUGGUGAUCGCAAAACACUGGAUAAAUACAUGACGGACAGACGGCUCGGUGCAUAUGUCGGAAUCGAUCCUACAGCCGCCUCGUUGCACGUUGGUCAUCUGCUGCCACUGAUGUCUCUAUUCUGGAUGCAUCUUAACGGUUACCAUACCCUAUCGCUUCUUGGGGGAGCCACGGCGAAGAUUGGCGACCCGACGGAUCGAUUGACGACCAGAGUAAAAGACCCAGCUUCAAUACGAACCGCCAACAUGGCUAGGAUGCACUAUCAACUGAAAAGGUUGUGGAUGAAUGUAAUUGUGCAAGGGAAAAAAUACGGCUAUGAGCCGGAUUGGGCAUGGCGUCGGGAGUUGAUAAAUAAUAAUGCGUGGUGGAACAAGAUGCCUAUGUUGGAGGUUUUGCAAGUCUUGGGCCCUGGGAUGCGAAUGGGCACCAUGUUGGCUCGAGAGACUGUCAAGAAUAAAAUGACUAAAGGCGAUGGGAUGUCGUAUGCCGAGUUCACAUACCCAAUCAUGCAGGCGUGGGACUGGUGGUAUAUGUUUCAUACUAAAGGCAUCCACAUGCAAAUAGGCGGCUCUGAUCAAUACGGAAACAUCGUUGCUGGAAUAGACGCUAUCAAGUACAUUUCAACACACCAUUCAGAUCCUGUUGUCAGAAAAGAAGCCCAAAAUGUGGGGGAGCCAAUGGGUUUCACCGUUCCUCUUCUGACUACAUCGUCAGGACAGAAAUUUGGCAAAAGUGCCGGCAACGCUGUCUGGCUAGACCCCGAUGAAACGAGCUCAAUUGAGCUGUAUAGCUUUUUUCUGCGAACCUCAGAUGCAGAUGUAGGCAGAUAUCUCAAGCUGUUUACUUUCAUGCCUUUGAUUGAAAUAGAUGCUCUGCUCGAAAAGCAUCAGGCAGAUCCAUCACGAAGAUUAGCGCAGCACAAGCUUGCGCAAGAGUUCGUUGAGCUCGUUCAUGGACGCGAUGGAGCAGUGGAAGCCAUGAACCAGCAUCGGCUUCUUUUUCAGAAAUCUUCAUCGGCGGAAGGUCUCGUUGAAAUUGGGCCCGAUACGAACGAGGGAAGUAAAAAUAUGUCAUCAGAAGAGAGACCUAAGGUCAACAUUCAGCUGCCCCAGAGCUUGAUCUAUCGAAAAGACAUCGGGUCUAUUCUCUACGCUACAGGCCUUGCCGAAACCCGGUCUGAGGGCUUUCGUCUAGUGCAAAGUGCAGGAGCAUACAUCGGUGGCCCGGGAACUCAGAAGAAGCAGCCUAUGAUUGAUGGCCAUGUAUCCUGGACAACCAUCUCUAACUGGCUGCCGGAGGAAACAAGAAAAUUCUUGAUACACGGCGACCUGCUUCUCUUCCGCAGGGCAAAGCACCACAUCAAGACUGUGCAGGUGAUCUCGGAUGAGGAGUAUGUUUCCUCUGGCCAAAAAUACCCUGGGAUGCAGAACUCAUGGAAGCGCGAUGUAUUGAGCGCCCUGGCCGUGAAGAAUUCGAUUACGCUAGCUGAGAGGGAGAAUAUUGAAAAGAUGCUCAAGGAAGCAGAAGAGGCCGCAGAAAUGGAGUCAAAGCUAGAGCCCACGGAAGCUACACCGUCAAAGAAGAAGAAAAGGGAGGCAGAGGUAGCAGAGCGAAAGAGGAGCAGAUCGGACGAACCGUGA